GCGCGUCUCAUGAGUAGGGACUUGGAGACGGUUUACAGCAUACUGGAGGAGCUGAUGCAGGUGGCGGAGUCGAAGGACUUGCACCGAGGAUUUCACGAGGAGGAUUUGUUUACCCAGUGGGAGGGCAUGAUGACGGUUGUGACGGAGACGGAGGACGAGGACGUCGACGUUUCAUCUUACAUUUCUGAGCGGUUCAAGAUUCGAACGAUUGGUAUGGCGUUGGCGGAGGCUAAGACAAGUUUCCAAGCAUGGGCUACCAAGAAGAUGUGGAAGUCCACGCUGGGCGUGCCCCACAGAUGCGCGAGGGGUGCCAUCGACGAGCCUGGCGAGAUCAUAACCCCCGCGCCGGUUUUCUCCUUCCCCAACGAGGUGAUGGAUUACAGGGCGGACAAGUGGCAGAAGGUGCUGUCGUCUCCCAGCUUCAGCCCCUCCAAGGUCCUCAAGGGAGUUGAGUAUGUCAACCUGCGUGCGAAGAAGAGGAAGGGCGCGGACGCGACGGGCCCCGUCGAAGUGCAGCGUUUGCCGGACGAAGCGACCGAGGAGUUGAAGGGCUUCCAUGCAGCCAUAGAGACGCACUAUAUGUGGCUUGGUCAGGUGUCCGUGGUCAUCGGUGCGGUUGCGCUCAAACGUCGUGGAGGUGACAGGGUGCUGGGCCUUCUGCGGUUCCUGGUGAAGUUGUGGGCGAAAGUCCGAAGCUCCGAGGCGCGGCCAUCCGAGGGUCGCCUGCGCUUCAGGCCGCUCUGGUCCGAG